UAGAGAUUCUGGUGUUUACGACUAUCGCACUGGGAUAGAGAUUCUUCUGUCUACUGUUAUUAUGGGAUAGAGAUUCUUAUGUUUACUAUUAUCAUUCUAUGAAAGAUAUUCUGGUGUUUACGACUUUCGAAAUGUGAUAGAUUUUCAUGUUUACUAUUAUCGCACUGUGCUACAGAUUCUGAUGUUUACGACUAUCGUACUGUGAUAGAGAUUCUAAUGUUUACGACUAUCGUACUGUGAUAGAUAUUCUGAUAUUUACGACUAUCGUACUGUUAUAGAGAUUCUGAUGUUUACGACUAUCGUACUGUGAUAGAGAUUCUGGUGUUUACGACUUUCGUAUUGGGAUAGAGAUUCUGAUGUUUACGACUAUCGAACUGUGAUAGAGAUUGUGUUGUUUAUUAUUACUGUACUGUGGUAGAGAUGAUAUAGCUGUUGAUUAUUCCUUUUGUGCUGUGAUGGAGAUUAAUAUGUUUACUGUUUUAGAGAUUUGGUAGUGUUUAGAGAUUUGGUAGCAAGGCGAACCUGUCUAGGAGCUUGAUCAAUCCGAUGUAUUCCCGUAAACGACCAGCACCUAACCUAAUAAACGAUAGGCGAGCUCACACGACACCAAGGAAGGGACUUACGGCAUCAUUCUUAUGUGAACAAAUUCCUAUCAUAUAGGAGAAUGUCAUCAUUUUUCAACUGGUUGUGCUUCCCAAAUCGCCAUACACGAUCAAAAAAGAAAUGGCUAAGGAACCCGGAUGAUGAUCAAGCAUUUGCUUCCGUUAAGAAACAAAAGAGGAAACUGAACAACAGAAUUCCGCAACAAGCGGACUACAUACGUAAACAGCCUUCGUUCAGUGAUCGCGAGCGGAGCUUACCCUACACAAAUGAACAAAAAUCGGUAGACUCUUCCAUCCCUAACAAACGAAGAAGAGUUCAGGAUAUAUUUAAUCUACAGAAUUCGGAACAUUCUGAGAUCACACCUAGUCACAAUUUUGAAAAAGGAUACAGAAGAAAUAACAGGACAAUUACAGACUUUGGAAGUGAGUACACACCGAAGAUGUAUACGCAUGCGUACACUCCUCACGGAAACAGGACUGAAAGCAUGUAUGGAUAUGUUCCUAAAGUAGUGCAAACAUGUAGUGCAUCGAACGCUUUAGAAGGGAAUAGAGGGGAUGAUUUUUUCUCACAUUUUCACAGAGAAAAUUCUCUGCAUCGGUUUGGGAAAAUGAACCUAAAGAACCGCACAAACUUCAAUCCUCUAGUGUCUACGUUUACAAAUUCCCAAAGUCAGACCUCUAGCUCAGCUGCUGAUAAAGUGUCUCUGAUCGAGAGUGAGGAAGUCUCCCACGUGGAGGACACAGGCAUGAAGGGAAAUGGACUUUAUUGUGACAUGUCAUCACGUGUUAAUUCUAUACUGGAUGCUAGUUUUGACUCAAUGUGGAAUAGCAAUGGAGAAGUUUUAUAUUAAUAAAAUUCACCCAAUAUUC